CUGCCUUCCUAUACGCACCGCGCUCUUCUCAUCUCUGCCUCCCCAUUCCUUUCCGCCGCCUCUGCCACUUCCUCAGCAGCCCUGCAGUGCUGACCCAGACCUGUUGCUGAGGAAGAAUGGCAGAAGGCCAGCCACACUUGAGUAUUCAGAUGUCAGACUUGAAUACAAACGGCACCCCCAGCAGAAAGCAGUUCUCUGCAGACUUAGCUGUUAAGGGAGGAAGCAUACUCACUUUCCACAACAUCUCCUACCAUGUGAAGAUGAAGACUGGCUUCCUGUGUUACCAAAAAACAGCUGAUAAAGAAGUUUUGAGAGAUGUCAAUGGCAUCAUGAGACCAGGACUGAAUGCAAUUUUGGGGCCCACUGGCAGUGGUAAAACUUCUCUGCUUGACAUUUUGGCUGCAAGGAAGGAUCCCCAGGGGCUUUCUGGUGACAUUUUGAUCAACGAAGCUCCUCAGCCUGCCAACUUUAAAUGUACCUCUGGAUACGUAGUACAGGAUGAUGUGGUGAUGGGAACCUUGACUGUAAGAGAAAAUCUGAAGUUCUCAGCAGCACUCCGUUUGCCAAAGUCAGUGAAGGAAUGUGAAAAAAAUGAACGAGUGAAUCAGAUCAUCAAGGAACUGGGUUUGAGUAAAGUGGCAGAUUCCAAGGUUGGCACCCAGUUCACUCGCGGGGUGUCAGGAGGAGAGCGCAAAAGGACCAAUAUUGGGAUGGAGCUCAUCAUAGACCCUGACAUAUUGUUUUUGGAUGAGCCAACUACAGGACUUGAUGCCAGCACUGCUAAUGCUGUUCUACUGUUACUGAAAAGGAUGGCAAAACGAGGGAAAACAAUAAUCUUCUCCAUCCACCAGCCUCGGUACUCCAUAUUCCGACUGUUUGACAACCUGACGCUGCUGGCCGCGGGGAGGGUGCUGUACCAUGGCCCCACUCAGCAUGCUAUGGAGUACUUCCAGUCUAUUGGCUACAGGUGUGAGCCAUACAACAAUCCUGCUGACUUUUUCCUGGACAUCAUUAAUGGAGACUCCACUGCAGUGGCACUGAGCAAGACCAAUGAAACUGACACAGCUGAGAGCACUGAAGAAUAUACUGAAUAUGAUAAAACAUUGACUGAGAAGUUAGCAGAAGAAUACUUCAAGUCUGCCUACUACCAGGAAACAAAGGCUGUAUUAGAGAGUAUUUCUUUGGGAAGUGAAAAGAAAACAAAAGCAGUUUUCCAGCAAAUCACAUAUGCCAAUUCCUUCCUUCAUCAGCUGAAAUGGGUGUCUAAGCGCACAUUUAAAAACCUGGUAGGAAACCCUCAAGCUUCCAUAGCUCAGCUGUGUGUUACGGCUCUCCUUGGCCUGGUUAUAGGUGCUAUUUUCUUUGGACUUAAAGAGGACUCUACUGGACUACAGAACAGAGUGGGUGCAAUGUUCUUUCUGACAACCAACCAGUGUUUCAGCAGCAUCUCUGCUAUUGAACUCUUUGUUGUGGAAAAAAAGAUAUUUAUACAUGAAUAUAUCAGUGGAUACUACAGAAUAUCUGCAUACUUCAUCUCAAAACUAAUGGCUGAUUUAAUACCCAUGAGGACAAUACCAAGCAUCAUCUUCUCCUGUAUAAUUUACUUCAUGUUAGGUUUGAAACCAACAGUAGAAGCUUUCUUUACAAUGUUGUUUACCCUUAUGAUGGUGUCCUACACAGCCACUUCUAUGGCACUAGCCAUUGCAGCAGGAGAGAGCAUGGACGCUGUGGCAAACCUGCUCAUGACGAUCACAUUUGUUUUUAUGACUAUUUUCUCUGGGUUGCUGGUCAACCUCAGAAGCAUCCUGUCUUGGCUCUCGUGGCUCAAAUACUUCAGCAUCCCUCGAUAUGGAAUGACAGCUUUACAAAUCAAUGAAUUGACCGGCCUGAACUUUUGCAGCGGCAUCGACAACACAAAUUUAAUCAGCAACAAUAGCUAUCCACAGAUGAGCCAGCUGUCUUGUUUUGGAGAGGACUAUCUGAAAAAUCAAGGCAUUGACACAAGUAGCUGGGGCCUGUGGCAGAACCACCUGGCUCUUGUCUGCAUGACCAUAAUAUUCCUUACCAUCGCAUACCUGAAACUGCACUUCAUGAAGAAGUUUUCUUAAAACCAGAAUGAAA